ACCUGAAGCCGUCCCCUCCCCUCAGAACAGCAGGAGAGAGGGAGAGCGUGUGACAGAGGAAGAGAGUACCGACUGACUGAGCGAGUGCUGCGCGUGAGGGAUAUCCCUCGGCACUUUCCCACUAAACCAGCGCAAAGUUGUUUUUGACGUUCCCGAGCAGCUCACGAGACUCACCGCCGCUCUACGGAGUAACCGUGCGCUGUUAUUGGCACUAAAGAUCGGAGACUGCGAGCUGAAGACAACACGACAGCAUGAGGUGCGGAUUUCUUUGCAGGCUCGGGGUGCUGUGGACGCUGGUGGUGGCCGCUCUCUCCCAGUCCACGGCCCAGAAACCAACUGCAGGGCGGCGCUCUCGGCAGGCAGAAGGGGAGGAGCAGGUGGGGGUGUGGUCUCCAUGGGCCGAGUGGGGCGAGUGUUCUCAGACCUGUGGUGUGGGCGUCUCUGAGAGAAGGAGGCGGUGCUUACCUCCUCCUCAAGCCCCGCCUCAGACAUGGCCUGGCUCCGCCUACCUGCCCCCAGGCUCCGCCUACCUGCCCCCAGGUGUCCCAAAUCACUCGCCCGUCAUCUCGGCGCUCCGGCCCUACAUGCCCUCCGUCUACCCUGGGAAUGACCUGCCCCACUACGGAGGGGCAGGUGGGGGUAACAGGCAGCCGUUGUACCCCCCUGUCCAGCCGGCCAGUCCCAACCCUGGAUUACCUCUCUACCGCAGUGACCCGGGAGUGGGCGGGCCCAGUCAGCCCAGCCAGCCCAAUCACGCGGCUCCUUUCUAUCCGCCAGCCAAUCAGGACCCGGCGUCUGUUUAUCGCCCUUCGUUGUACCCAUCGUCAGGGUCCUCAGCGGCACUUGGUUAUGGCCAAUCAGGACGGGCAUCCAGGCGGCCGCCCAAUCACGGGCCAGGCAGGUCUGGAGGGGGCGGGAGCAGGAGGUCAGUGGCCAAUAAUCGGGACUCUUUGUCUUACAGGAGGUCCAGUCCCCACAUUCGUCCAGGGCAGUUUGGUUACGGUCGCGUGCCCUUCUCUCUGCCGCUGCAUCGGCCCAGUCGCCACACGCGCCACACCCGUCGCCACGGCAACCACACUGCCACGCCCGCCGCCGCCGCCUCCACAGAGACCGAGGGGGAGGGGCUUCCCCUGAGCGAGGAGUCGCGGGAUUCGCAGGAGCUGAGAGGGGCGGGGCUAAGUGUGAGGAGUCACAGAGACAGGAAGCAGGAGAGGAGGAGGAGGCAGGAGAAGGAGGAGGAGGCGCAGGAGGAGGAGGAGGGGAGCGAGGGAGCGGCCACCAGCUCCACGUCUACAGCACCGGCCCGAACCGGCCGCCCGGACGACCGAGACGGGUCACGGAGAACCGGCCCGAGCUCACACGCUCGCUCGUACGCGCACGCAGUGGACACACACAGACCCGCGCACACACACACAGCGGACACACACAGACCCGCGCACACACACACAGCGGACACACACAGACCCGCGCACACACACGCAGCGGACACACACAGACCCGCGCACACACACGCAGCGGACACACACAGACCCGCGCACACACACACAGCGGACACACACAGACCCGCGCACACACACGCAGACACACACCAGCAGCAGCGGCAUGGCGGGGAUCGGCCCGGAGCUGGCGCACCUGUGUUCCCGGCCCCGCGCCACACACACACACCUGGGCAGGUGAGCCGUGGGCCCCGCCCCCCCUACGGCCUCCCGCUGCACCAGUCGUCCCCCCCCGCCGCCGCGCCCAACCACCCCCCCCACCCCGGAGUCUGGCCGCCCCCUCAGCACGGCCUCGGCGGGGGCAGCUGGAGCGCUCAUCUGCCCCAGGGCAACUACAAAUGCCCCGGCAAGGACGUGGAGCACCGCAGGUGUGCCGGAGAGUCCUGUUCUAGUUCAACAGGGGCGUCCAGGGCAGAGCAGUGUGCUGCCUUCAACACACAGGAGUUCAUGGGCCGCCUCUACGACUGGGAGCCUUUCACUGAAGUGGGUACGGAGCAGCAGUGUGAGUUGACCUGCAGGCCGGUGGGCUACCGGUUCUACGUGCGGCAGGCGGAGAGGGUGAAGGACGGUACGCCGUGUGUCAACGGCACAGCCAACGAUGUGUGUGUGGGGGGACACUGCCUGUCUGAGGGGUGUGAUGGGGUGCUGGGGUCAGGUCAGGUCAGAGAUAAGUGUGGUGUGUGUGGCGGCCAUGACGGCUCGUGUCAGAGAGUGACGGGAAGCUUCCAGAACACCAGCGUCCCCCUGGGCUACCACCGCAUCCUGGACAUCCCCGCCGGGGCCACGGACAUCAACAUCACCGAGCGACGCGCCAGCCCCAACUACCUGGCUCUGCGCAGUGGUACGGGUCAGUCUGUGGUGAAUGGCCGCUGGGCAGUGGAUCCUCCAGGAGAGUACCAGGCUGGGGGCACCACCUUCACCUACGCGCGGCCCAAGCCAGGGCCUGAGGGCCAGGGGGAGGACCCGGGGGAGACCCUCACAGCGCCAGGGCCCACCACCACCUUACUGCAGCUGUUUAUCAUCUACCACAAGCAGAACCCGGGCAUUGACUACGAGUACUACAUCCCCGCCGAGAACAAGCGGGACGGAGAGAGAGAGCGGCCCAGAGAGGGAGGGAGGGCGUCGCUCCGAGAGAUUAGUGCACUCACGGUCACCUCUGAGGUCCCCAUCCCGGCUCCGCCCAUCUCCUCCUCCCCUUCCUCUCCUGCUAGAUGGACACCUGACAGGUCCCGCCCACGUGGUGCGGCACCCAAUCGUAACGCUCGAAUUCCCCCACGCACCGAUAUACCAUUGGACAACCAGCCAACAUUCGUAUGGAGGAGGGGCCCGCUGACCGAGUGCUCCGCCUCCUGCGGAAAAGGGUCCCAGCACAGGGUCAUUGUUUGUGUGAACCGUCACACUGAACAGGAAGUCCCUGGGAGGAGGUGUGACUCAGCUUCCAAGCCCCUUCUAGAGGAAGAGCCCUGCAACGUGCACCCCUGCCCCCCAUUCUGGGAGGCGGCCUCCUGGUCGGACUGCAGUGUGACGUGUGGCAGGGGCAUCCAGCAGCGGCAGCUGCAGUGCCGUCUGAGCUUCGGUAACCGCACCACCAUGGUGCACCCCCAGCGCUGUGCCAGCCUCACCCGCCCCGAUGCCACCCAGCCAUGCCAGCUCAAAGUCUGCUCCCAGUGGGAGAUCAGCUCGGACUGGAGCUCCUGCUCAGUGGACUGUGGAAUGGGGAAGAGGAUACGGAAUGUUCGCUGUGUGAGUAACCAAGGCGACAUUGUGAGUGACGGCGAGUGCAAUGUCAGACUCCGCCCACAGGGAAGUGAAGACUGUCACAUGGGGCCCUGUGUCACCAACUGGUACUUCACUGAUUGGACAAACACUUGUUCAGCGGACUGUGGUCCAGGGAUCCAGCGGCGGGAGGUGGUGUGCCUGACGCGUGGGCGUGGCCGUGAGGGUGGGGGGACCGGCGACUGUGUCGGGGAGAAGCCGCGCGACAUGAAGGCCUGCAACGGGGGGCCCUGCCAGCCCACUGCCAUGUGGUUCACUGGGCCAUGGGGACAGUGCAGUUCACCAUGUGGAAACGGAACCCAGCGAAGAGACCUCAUCUGUGUCCAGAAGAUGGGGAGCGACUAUACGAUGGCAGCAGCUGGCCAGUGUGCGCACCUGGAAAAGCCUUCCCCAGUGCAGACCUGCGAGCUGUUCCCAUGCCAACCACAGUGGUUUACCACAGAAUGGAGCGCGUGUUCCCGCACCUGUGGCGAAGGAAAACAGAUCCGGGAGGUACGGUGUCUCAGCCCAGACAAACAGCACAGUUUGAACUGUGAAGAAGACACCAAACCACCGCAGGAACAAAGCUGCAAUAUCAUACCUUGCAGUCCACUUGUUGCAGAUGAGAACUGCCGGGACGUGCGCCAUAACUGCAUGAUGGUAGUCCAGGCGCGCCUGUGUGUGUACUCCUACUACAAGACGGCCUGCUGCGCCUCCUGUACCCAGAGUGCUUUGCGGGCCAAGCGACACUGACCUGAGCAGCCGCAGAGCUCCGCCCAUGACCCACCCCCCCGCCCGGGGGCCGGUGGAGGAGUGCAAGCCAUGCUGUGAUUGGCCACGGACAGUACCUCAUGCCUGAGCUCGACCAAUCACAGACUAGAACAGGUAUAAUCCCCAGGAGAUAGCCAAUCAUAAACCUGCUUGGUGGGAGUGACUCCCAGCAAAAGUGCCGACGGAGGAUUAGUUGACCUUUAACCCCGAUGUCCUCACCUUUCACCCUGGGCACCGCGCCAGCGCUGGCCUCACACCUGUGCCCACUGCCAUGUCUGAUGCCCACCUGAUGCCCAGACCUGUGCCCACUGUCAUGUCUGAUGCCCACCUGAUGCCUAUACAACCCAGUGUCAUAUCUGAUGCCUAUACAACCCCGUGUCAUAUCUGAUGCCUAUACAACCCCGUGUCAUAUCUGAUGCCUAUACAACCCAGUGUCAUAUCUGAUGCCUAUACAACCCAGUGUCAUAUCUGAUGCCUAUACAACCCAGUGUCAUAUCUGAUGCCUAUACAACCGUUUGCCAAGUGUCGCAAGUGUCAUAUCUGUGUGUGGUGCCUAUAUACAACCCCUGCUCUCGUGCCUGAUAGAGCAGAUAUGCACAUUGUCAGCAUGUGCAACGUUUUUGUACUUUGUGAUGUAGGCCUAUAUUUGUAUAUGCCAAAAAAACAGCAGCAGUUGUUUUCUGUGUAGGCUAGAUUGUAGGUCAUUCAGAAAGCAAAACAAACAAACAAAAAUAUUUUAAAAAUAUUCAAAAAUAUUCGAAAAGUUCAAUAAGAAUGAACAACUGAAUGUAGACUUCCCUUCUAAUGGGUAAAACUCGGAACUUAAACGAUGUUUUGAGCAGUUUUUUUCCCCAUUUAAUUGAAUGUAAGUUAACCUCUCCCCGUCGCCAACCCCAUCAACUUUAAAACACUUAAGGAAUAGCGUGCCAAACGCGGAACAAUAAUGAUCUCUAAAUUAUAAAAGCACCUACAAAUGAA